AAUUGCUGAUCUUAGAUGAUAAUCGCAUCUUCUUUUCGCGAUUUAUCAUUUUGCGAAGGACGAAGAAGAAGAACGAAGCGCGAACCAUCUUUUGUGUUCGAAUGGAGAAACAGAGCGAGUCGGCUCAAUCUCAGGAUUUGGCGAAGCUUUGCCGAAGGUGUAAUCGCUCCUAUCUUCCAUCUUCUAAUUCAUCUUCUUCAUGCCGUUUCCAUCCUUCUUUCUUCGUCUGUCGUCGCCACGACGACCAAAAGAGGUACUAUGAAUUGGGACCCGACGACCCGCCGUAUGCUGCCAAAUUCUACGACUGUUGUGGGGCUGAGGACCCAGAGGCGUCAGGCUGCACCACCAGCUUCCAUGUUUCUUAUGAUGAAUGAUCAUGGCAAUAAUAUCCGAAAGCUCCUUUUCACUCAGGUCUUGUGCUAUUUACAUUCUGUAGAUAUAAUUAUCUGUGCUCAGUAACUGGCAAACAACUUUCAUCUUUUCUUGAUUAAAGCUUCUUAAUCACUAUUCACUUUAAGUUGUGUUGUAUUUGUAGAGGAGACUAGAUGAACCAUAUGCAUGGAAAAUAUGAUGGUUUGGUUUCUGAAGGAGUUCAGACAAGGUUCUGUGAAAUUUUCUUUAGGAAACUGUUUUUCUUUUGGAAGCUGUUUUUUUAGUCUUCUUUUGUUUUGUCUUACAGAUGCUCUGAAAGUAUGUUCUGAAUCUGAGACAGAGAAGAUUAUGUCCAUUUCUCUCGGGACAUUAGAGGGAGAUUAGAUAGAGAGAGUGUAAAAACAAAUGGGUGGUGAGGGAUUCACGUGUAGGAUUGGAAAUUAUGGUGAUGAACUGCAGAAAGAUAUGGUGGUUACAGACUACAGAGUCUUUUUUAUUUGUGGGGAUUUCUUCAAAUAUUCCUGGAGAGAGAGUUUUUAAAGUAUGCAGUGCUUGGCUGGCUGACAUGAGAAUAACAGUGAAAGAAAAUAAGAAAAGAAAGCCAUGUUCUUGUUCCCCACACCCAUCAGAAUAAAUAAUCUGCUUCUUUGGUCUUC